ACUUGCCAGUUGCCAGUUGGAGUUGAAUAUUAACCUUGUUUACAUAGGCAAAAUUUUUUCAAUUUCAUAUUUUCAUAAUAAUAUUUGUUAUAAUAUCGUCUUACCUAUAGGUUAGGUAAUUUCGAUUUAAAUAACAUACUUCAAAAUUACAGAAUAGUUGGUACAACUUGAAUUAUGACGAACCAGUCGCUGAGAAUAUAAAAGUAGAAUUAUAGUGGUUUGGGGUACCUACUUCUGGUAUUUAGCUUACUUGGUAAUUUGCUAAUUAGGAAUCACACAUUAAUAAAUAAUUAUUUGAUAUUUAAGCAGAUUGUGAAUGGUUGGUUUAAUACUGUAAUAGGAAGUUUUAUUUUUUAUUUCUUUAAUAAUAGUACUACAGAAUAAAAUAAUAUAGUAUCAUUAGUAUCUAUCGAAAUAACAAAUUAAAUGAAAUAUAGUUCAUAAUGUCACCGGUGAAAGGACUAUGUAUGGAAAUGUGCCCCAAAGAGGAAAUAAUGAUGUGAGUAAAAUGAGAAAAUCUAAGAGACUUGUACAUCAAUUGGAAUGUAACCCUCAUAAAAUGGUAAAAUGUUUUAGCCGUUCGGCUGCUGGGAAUUCAUUAAGUAAACCUCAUAUUUUAAGACCCCCACCGGUCCUGAGGGAUACUAUAUCAUAUCUUUUAAAUGAAGUGCUCACAAUUACAAAUGUACCAUUUAAUAUUGUGUAUGAUUUUAUCGACGACCGUUUAAAUUCUGUAAGACAAGAUGCCACUAUACAAGCCGUGUCUAAUCAAGAUUGGAUGGCUAUUUUGGCACCUAUUAUUCGAUUUCAUGCAUUUGCAGCUUAUAAGUGUUAUGAAUAUGAUGUUAACACAUUUGAUCCGUUUUUAAAUAUGAAACAUUUUCAUGAAAGCAUUUUUAAAAUUAUUAAAAUAUUGUUAGAAGACUCUGAUGAGUCAACAGAUGAGCUUUGUUCAGAAAUGGUAUCUCUUUUGAUUGUUACUAAUUUAGGUGAUUAUAAUGUUCUUCAGCAAGCUUUGCCGUUUAUAUCAAAAAAUACUUUGAUCAAAAUGGCAGUGCUAUUAUCGUUAAAUAUCAUGAAUGGUAAUUUUGAGCAGUUAUUUAAAACAUACGAUGCAUUUCCAGCAAUCCAUCAGUGUGUUAUUAGUGUACAAUUACCAAUGUUGAGAAAGAUCAUUCUAAAAUCAAUGUGUAUGGGUUUUAAUUGCAAAAAUAAUUACUUUCCAAUUUCAAUCUUGUCUAAAAUUUUGCUGCACAAUACACCCCGAGAAACCAUUAAAGAGUGUAAAAAUUACUGUUUAACUGUGGUUGAUGAUAAAGUGGAAUUAUCUAAGUCUUCAUUUAAUAAUGAAGUGGAUGAGUUACAUUUGAAAAAGGAGAUCAAAUUCAAAGUUAAUAUAUCAACUAUGGUUCUUAAUACCUAAAAACCAAGUAUUUGAAGUGUUUGUAAGUAUUGUAUAUUAUUUUGUGGAUUUUGUACCUUUACAAUAUAUUGUAUUAA